AUGUCGGACCCCACCGCGCAACAAACCCCCUCACUAAGCAUCCGCGAAGCGACUCCAAGCGAUCUCCCAUCGCUGCAACCACUCGUGCAAAAAGCAUACCGCGGCGAUGCGAGCCGCAAGGGAUGGACCACCGAGGCCGACCUGGUAGCGGGCCAGCGCAUAGACGCCCCGGGGCUUUUGUCAAAGAUUAAUGCCCCCCUGGGUGCCGUGCUCCUCGCCUUCCCUGCCGGGUCCGACGAACCAGUGGCCUGCUGCGAGGUCGUCUGCCGUGACGACUCGCGUCAGGUCGCCUACUUUGGCCUCUUUGCCGUCGACCCAGAAAGGCAGGGCGGUGGCUUGGGCAAGAUUGUCCUGCAGAAGGCCGAGCAGUACGUCAAGGACACGUGGGGGGCUGCGCGCAUGGAAAUGACGGUCAUCUGGAUCCGCGAGGAGCUCAUUGCUUGGUACGAGCGAAGGGGCUACUCGAGGACCGGCGAGAAGAGGCCAUUCCCCUACGGAGAGCCAGAGAAUGGACUGCCGCUGCGGGACGAUCUUUACUUUGACGUCCUGGUAAAGGACCUUCAACGGCCGACAGAUGCCAACUUCAUCACACAAGCCGCAGCCGUCGAGUUCCCUUCACCAAUCGACUAUGCGCCCAUCCAACAGGCAUGCGGUCGCAACGGCGGCUUCAGAGACGGCCUGCUGUUCACCUGUGAGGGUCAGCACGGUGGCGUCGGCAUGGUGAGGAACCAGGUCCUCAAGUGUGUACGCUAUGCGAUGCACGCAGGAGCCGCCAUAGUAGUCCCGUCCAUGUCCAAAAGGAACCCAAAGGACAUUAGCGACAUCGAAACCAUCUACGAGGCGCCCCUCGAGUACCUUUUUGACCGGAAUGCCUUUGUCAAACACCUCACUGCCGCAUGUCCAGGCAUGCACAUCUACGACACCAAGGAUGAAUUUCCUCACUACAGCGACAGGGACCCCCACAACCUGACCCUGGUUGGUGAUCAGUUCGAGCCUAACCACCCUCCCGAGGGCAUCCAGCAUCCGCGGGAAUGGCGACAGUUCUUUGACGGAUGGCUUGAUGGUCAGGGGGUGCAAGUCAGUCGCGAGAAGCCUGUGCACGUCAGGAUUGACCAGGCCUUUCUCGAGUAUCCCGUGCAAGAUGACGGGCGAGCUUUUGCCAACGAAUAUGGAAAGAUCUUGUCCUUCCGACACGAGACCCGCGAUUUGGCUGCCCGGGUCCUGCUGGAGAUGAGAAACAAGUUCAACCUCCAAAUCGACCCCAGUCGGCCCAUCAAUCCCGACACCUACUACGGGGCACACCUGCGGUUGGAAAAGGACGCAGUCGAGGCUUGGACCCCUGAAGACGGCUGGCGAUUCUCCAACAUGAAGGACCAGUUCCAGGAACAGUUCACAAACCUGGCGCGGUUCCCCGGUCUCAACGUCGUCUACGUCGCAUCCGGCAACCUCACAAUCGUGGAACUGUUCAGACAGGAGCUAGCAAGGCGCGUCGAGGUCGACAGCAGUAGUAUCGACAGUCCCGGACCAUACAAAGGGCGAAAGAUAACCGUCGUGACCAAGCACGACCUGCUGCCUGACAAGACCGUCAUCGACAGCCUACCCUUUGACCAGCAGGCUCUGGUAGAUUUCCUGGUCAUGUUCCGGGCCAGCGCAUUUAUGGGUGUGGCACAUUCUAGUUUCCCCUGGAACGUAGCGCUGCGGAGACACGAGCUGAGCAGUUACGAGAGCAUUGCUAAUGAGGGGACUGAUCUGCUGAGGGAUGAGCUGAGCGUCAUCAUGGGCAAGAGAAGUGACUAUCAUCAUAUUGACCCGUUUGCAACGGGGCUCUGGCCGUGA